AUGUUUAAAAAGGCUGUGAGCAUACAAAUCACAUCGGUGCUUUGGUUGUUGUAUAUCACCUAUGGAGAAACACAAUCUCUGAAGACUGAGGAUACGUUUAUAAAUGGGACCUUGGAGGUUUCAUGGCAUCAAAAUGAUAAAUCGUCUAUACUUGCGUCACAUGUAAUGUUUACGGGAGAUUCUCGACUAAUUCAACCUUGGAUACAAGUUAAAGAUGCAAAAUUGUCGAUCAAGGAUGCUUUGAACUACAGCAGUAUCCGCCUGAGUAUUUUGACUAAAUACAGAAAUUCUUCCUUUUCUGAAUUCCAGUUCAACAUUCAAGUGCGGAAAGUGUUCUUAAAGGAAGGAGAAACAGGGAUUAUAUCUUGGAAUAUUGCUGCAUUUCCAAAGACUGGAGUAUACGCUAUUUUCCAUUCAGAAAUACAAAUCCUUGCAGUGGACAUUCACAGGAAGAUUAGUACCAUUGAUUCUCAAAAAUACACGUAUCUAAGUAAACCAAUAAAUUCAAAAAACAUAAUUUUUCAAAUAAGAAAUAUCACCCAACAUGAUGAAGGCAUCUACACAGGCGGUACGUCAAGUGCUAUAGCCGCUAAGGGAAAUAGGAUACAUGCUAUUGUGUAUGGCAAGCCUAGGAAACCAACUGUUACUGGACAGAGUGUUGUAAAAGUGGGUGACUACGUAACAUUGGAAUGUUGCAGCAAAUCCACUUCUACACCAAAAUACUAUAAGCUUUUUCCCGCCAUUACUUAUGAGUGGUAUAAGAACAAUAAUUUUAUCAAAUCAGGAAAAAUAUUAAGGCUCAUUGUAGAAGAAAGCUUGUUCUUGGACGUAAUCACUUGUAAAGCCAAGGAGAUACUAUAUUCGGAUCCAAGUGAUACGGUGCAAAUUCAGAAAUCAAAUUGCUCAAAGAAGAACGAAAUAAAUUCAAAAUUUAUGAACGGCUCUGUCGUAUUCACAUGGCCCAGACAAACAGUGGGUGUAGAGGAGCAGGUGUUUGUGACCCUGAAUAGGAAUCAGAUGAUACCGUGGACUGAUGUUCAUAAUCAGGAAUAUGUUCUUAAGAACUGUUUGAAGCAUUCUCCUGUAGAAGUUGAUGUUAAAUUUCUGUUUAAAACAGACGAGUAUGACAUUUGCCGUAGUUUGUUUAUGAACAUACCUGAUAUAUUGAUUGCCAAAGAAGGACAAAACGUAUCCCUUCAUUGGACAAUAUCGCAGUUCCCUUCCUCCGGGUUAUACUCCAUUUUUCAUGAAGGUCGUUUGCUUAUAAAAAUAACUGAUUCGGGGGCAACCAGCAUUCACAGCUAUAAAUAUAUCUACAAAAGCAUCCCUGUUCAUUCUCCAAACAUCAAAUUCGCUGUUAAUAACUUAGCUGUCACAGACGCUGGACAUUACGUUGGUGGGGUAUCUAGUUCCAGCGCACAGAGCACAAAGGGAAUUCUGCUGAUUGUUGCAGGUAAACCUUCCACGCCAAUAAUUAAAGCAAAACAAGAUGCUGAGUACGGCAAGGCGAUCACUCUAACUUGUCUUUCUUCGUCCACUUCGGCCCCACAAUACUACAGGGACCUGCUAACUUGGUCUUAUACUUGGUACAGAAAUGGAUCAAUGGUUCGACGUGGAUCGACAUAUGCGUUUACUAUUAAUAGGAUUAAUAUGUACGAUGACAUUAAUUGUCGAGCUAAAGAAGUUAUCGAAUCAAAUAGCAGCAACACCUACAAAAUAAGACUCAUAAAAUCUAUUCCUGCACCACCAGUUGUCCAUUUGAUCUCGAUGAUAAACCCUACAACAAUGAAGGUAUCCUGGAGGUCGGAGUAUAACGGAGGGUAUACUCAGUAUUUUCUAAUAUACCAGUGGAACAGCUCUCUUUGGGAGGUUGUGGCAAAUAUCAGCGACUCCAAUUCAACCGUUCACACCGCGGAGGUUCCGACCGGUGUUCGUGGUGAGCAUGAUGUGGCUAUUAUCGCCUGUAACAAGAUUGGCUGCACCAUGCCUGCUAAACUUGAAAGAGGGACAAAUGAAUCUAUGGAGAACACAGAUAAUGGAAUGAUAGGCGUCGCCAUGGGAACAGUCUCUGUUAUGGUGAUAGCUAUACUGAUUGUAGUUGGAGUACUGCAUACCAAAUAUGGUAUUUUGGAAAGGUGCAAAAGAUAAUAGUUGCUGCAGAAGAUUCUUUGGAAGAAGGAAAUUUAAUGUUUGAGGAAAUUUUAUAUUCUAUGGUGGAUACGGAAUUUAUUUCACAAGUUAUGUUUUUUUUCCUAUAUAUAGUGUAUUUUGACAAGUGGGAAGUAAUUCAAUAGUUAUUUAUUAUACUAGAUGUGUGAUAAAUACUGACGUGAAAUUGAAUAAGUAGUUACAUUGUAAUGCUGGAUUUUAUGUACAUGCAUAGAAAAAAGAAAAAAAUAUGAUUAUCGUUUUUAUCAUUGAUUAUCGUGAUUUAUCAUUUUAAUCAUGUCUUGUACAUACUUAAUGAGAUCAUAUCAGAA